AUGGCACCCCUCGCGCCUCCCAUCGUUCCCGGCUUGUCGACUGUCAUCCCCCCGCUGCUCGAGCCGUUCAAGCAGAUCGAGCACUGCCUCGACGCCGACGCUUCAUUCCCGAACUUGUUACCCAAGGGUGUCGUGACGGCCACCGACCAGACGCCGACCAUCGACACCGAGGUCAGCGGCAUCCAGCUCAGCAGCCUUAGUGUGGCUGGCAAGUGCUUCGUGGCCAUCGACUUCCGCAAGGGCUGCUAUAUGGGGCAGGAGCUGACCAUCCACACCGAGCACCGCGGGGUGGUGCGCAAGCGCAUCUUGCCGUGUGUGCUCUACCCAGACAACGGCCAACAACCCCCGCCGGGGAACUUGGAUUUGGUUGCGGGGUAUCGGCCCGAGAUUGAGGAUGGUGUGACGGCCGAGCAGAUCCCACGCGAGGCGAGCAUCGGGCGGGCGCCGGGGGGCAAGAAGGGGCGGAGUGCGGGCAAGUGGUUGAGCGGGGUGGGGAAUGUCGGGCUGGCGCUGUGCCGGCUGGAGAUCAUGACUGAUGUGGUGCUGCCGGGGGAGGCGAGUUCGGGCGCGGGCGGGUUUGGGGACGGGGAUGAGUUUGUUGUGGGGGUUGGGGCGGGUGAAGGGGAGGAGGGGAGGAAGGUUAGGAUCAAGGCUUUUGUGCCCGAGUGA